AUGGCGUCCCAUUUUGCUCCCACGCCUCUUUUCGACGCUCGACAGCAACGGCGACAAAUUGGCGUAGCAACGCACGAUGCACCCACGAGGUCGGGCCGCAAGGCAGUCAUGCUCAACGCCUCGUUCGGCACACUCUGCACCCAAUGCAACGCCCCUCCGAUCGUGUGGGCGCUGAUGGCGGCGGUGCAUGGCUUCUUCGUGACGAUGCCUGAGGGUGCAGAUGCACGUUCCGGCUCAACGGCGGCCACCGCGUGCCGUGCUCUCGGCAUCCAAUUCCGCAGUGCCGUCAGCUGUUGCCCGAGCCAGGAGAUCGGCCUCGUCACGAACGCUAACUGCAUUGCAUGGGAAAACAGGCCCAAGCUCAUGCCAAGCACACACAAAGACGCACCUCACCACGUCUUCUUGGGCGGUCAGUUCCACUGGCAAAAGCAUGCGCUUGUCAGCGCUCAUCGCGGUCGACACUGGGUGUCGCUCGAUCUCCAAGGCGUUGCUACAGUGCCGGCUAAGCGCCUUGACGUGCGCAAGAAGAAGAAGAAGAAGAAGCUUUUGCGCAUAUCCGUCGGCGGCGACACGCUACUGCCGUCGCAUGCUCGUCUCUCGCUUGCAUCGUCGCCGCCGAACGUUACGCUGCACAGCCCCGACCCCUCUGCACGCUAUGCCUCAUUGACACGCGAGAAAGCGACUGCAACUCUAAGUACGGUAUCUGGGCUUGCCGCAGCCGAAGUUCGAGUUGCCCUCGGAAGCAGCAGCCAUGCCGAGGUGCUCAGCUCAGCCAGGCGCAGACCCAGCUACAGUGAGACCGCUCAGACCGCUCAGACAGGGGAAGCGCCAGUUGAAGCUCAACCGCUCCAACGGCGCUCGACUUGGCGUGCAGCACCUGAGCCACCGCAUCACACAAAAGCGUGGCGCCGUCAACCAACCCCACGUCGUUGCGACGAACGAGCAUCAAUGCAGCCUGAGCCUUCCGAUUGGACGUUGCAAAAGAAAGCGCACGAUGGACAGCAGCAGCAGCAACACAUGUCAAAUCAGGAUCGACUCGCUGUGCAGUCGAGGUGCAGCAAGGGCGGCAACACGGGCCGCCAAUCGUGGACAAUGGACGGACGGGCCAGUGCUUUGGGCGGUCUGGAUAAUGCGGGCCUCCAGUGCCAAUGUCACACGGCACUCGCCGACUACGGCGUUCGAGCGCGAGUCGAGGCACUCUCUGCGACGUUGGCAAUCCUCGGCUGCUUCCGAAGCGUGGCGGUUCGAACGAGCUUUUGCCACCGCAUCAGCUCCAAGCGCGCAAAGGCUCGUAAAGGGCCGUUGAGCGAUAACUCACAGCGGGAAGGAAAUUGGAGUGGUGGCGUGGACUCCGUCACAUCGACUGUGCUGUAA